AUGUUGAACCCAACCGAAAAACUUUUCGUUUUAGAUUAUUUCAAAAAUAACAGAAAGCCAUUUGGUUUGCCAUGGUCUGCAUACACUCCAUUCUUCCCACAAGGAUUUCGCUUCCCUGGCUAUUCGGAUUCUCGGUUUGUCAUCAAUGUCUUCACUUGUUGCCGGUAUACCCAUACAAGUCGUGAUUGGCAAUCAGCCGUUUCAAAAGCACAAUCGAUCGUUUCACAAUUAACAUUACCCGAAAAAGCAAACCUGACAGGUGGAAUCGGUAGUGUUGGUAGAUGUGAAGGUACUCUUGGUAGAGUUGAUCGAUUUGGUAUUCCAGAGCUUUGCUUUCAAGAUGGUCCAACGGGCGUACGUGCUUCAGACUUUGUUUCAGUCUUUCCUGCUGGCUUGACAACGGGUGCCACAUUCAAUCGAGAUUUAAUGGAAAAAAGAGGUGAAGUGAUGGCUGCUGAAUUCAAGGGCAAAGGUAUCAAUGUUCUCUUGGGUCCCGUCACUGGAGGUCCAUUAGGUCGAAGUGUCUAUCAAGGAAGAAAUUGGGAAGGUUUCGGAAUGGAUCCUUUCUUGGUGGGUGAAGCAGCUUAUGCAACUGUAAAGGGUAUUCAAUCUCAAGGUGUUAUAGCUACUUCAAAGCACUUCCUCACUUACGAACAAGAAACAUUCAGACAACUAUAUGCGGCAGAUGAUCAAUUCACCUUGAAUCCGAUCAAUAACACUGUCAACACAUACAGUUCUGACGUAAGUGAUCGCACUUUACACGAAUUGUAUCUCAAACCAUUCAUGAAUGCAGUAAGAGCAGGAACGGGUGCAAUCAUGUGUGUAUAUAACCAAAUCAAUGGAACCCAAGGCUGUGAAAACGACAAGGUCUUGAACGAAAUCUUGAAACAAGAACUCAACUUCCAAGGUUUCGUUGUUUCGGAUUGGUCGGCCGUCUUCAAUGCUUCAUCUGCUCAUAAUGCUGGCGUAGACGUUACAAUGCCGGGUGGCGCAACUGGUGGUGGUUAUAAAAACUUGGUAACCGGACAAGCUGUGAUUGAUGCAGUGAAUGAUGGAAAAAUACCGAUCAAACGUUUGAACAAUGCUGUCGAACGAUUCUUGACCCAAUACUAUUACUAUGGUCAAGACCAAGGCUAUCCAAAAGUGAGCUACAAAGACGGUUAUCAAGGUACCUAUUUGAAUGGCAGUAUCGUCAAUGAACAUGUCAAUGUACAAACUGAUGACUCCCGUAAUACUGCAAAACAGAUCAGUGAGGAAGCUAUUACCCUGAUCUUCAAUCAUCGCAAAGAAAACGAUUAUGGCCCACAAGGUUAUAUCCCAAGCCGCAAAGAUGUCAAAGGAACAGGUCUACCUCUAAGCAAGAAAGCAAGAAUUGCCGUAUUUGGUGAUGAUGCAGGACCAAACCCAAUGGGUAUCAAUGGAUGCCAACUUUGGAUCGGCCCAGGAUCAAACUUAUGCCCUGGAAAUAGCACAAACAACGGAACAAAUGCCAUGGGAUGGGGAUCAGGAGCAGGAUAUUUCCCAUAUCUGAUCGAUCCAUUGCAAGGUUUAACAGAUCUCACUCGUGAAUACGGUAGUGCACUUCAAAGCAACUUGAUCGAUACAGACCUGGACGGCCAAAAUGGAAAGUUGAUUGAACAAUUUGCCGGACAAGCAGAUGCUUCUUUGGUAUUUGUUCAGGCACGUUCUGGAGAAGACUCUGACCGCACAGACUUGGAGUUGGAAUCAAAUGGUAACGCACUGAUUCAAAAAGUAGCUUCAAGUUCGAAUAACACAAUCGUUGUCGUUCAUACCGUUGGUCCAGUUUAUAUGGAUGAUUGGUUCAACCAUCCAAACGUGACAGCAUUGGUGUUCCCACACUUACCCGGACAAGAAUCUGGAAAUACGUUGGCAGAUAUGUUAUAUGGAAACGUUGUGCCUUCUGGAAAGAUGCCGUAUUCCAUCCUUUCCCGCAACGAUUCUUCGACCUACGUGCCAGUCGUUCGUGAAAUGAAUUCGAACAAUCAAAUUCCCGUUCCAUUUGAUGAGGGAGUUUUCAUCGAUUAUCGUUAUUACGACAAAAAGAAUGUUACACCUUUGAUUCAUUUCGGUCACGGUAUCUCAUACACAACUUUCCAACAUUCCAAUCAACUCAAAGCACAAGCAGUAACUGACAACUCUGCUUAUCCAACUGAAGUUCCACAAAAUACUUCCGUUGGCGGAGAAUCAAGCUUGUGGAAUUAUGUUGUUUCCUUGUCCACUUCUGUCAAGAAUACUGGAUCUUCCAUUUCUGGAAAAGAAGUUAGUCAACUAUACAUCGGAUUCCCACAAUCUGACAAUCUACCCGACAUUCCCGUUCGUCAAUUGGUUGGAUUCAAAAAAGUUGGAUCAAUCAAACCAAAUCAAUCACAAAACGUUCAAUUCAAAAUUACACGUAGAGAUAUGAGUUAUUGGAACGUUGAACAACAAAAAUUCGUCAUGCCAGACGGAGAUUUCACGUUCUGGAGUGGUGCAAGCUCGGAUGUUGAUACGCUGAAAGGAAAAGUCACCGUUACGAUCAAGAAUGGAAAAGUGUCUAGUACAAAGUCAUAA